UAAAAAACUUUUGUUUUAAAUUUUAUUUGCGUCAAUGUUAGGCUAGAUUUUGAGUAUAAAAAGGUCUGGGAAUUUUGUAUCGGCAUCAGUUCGGUUCCAACUCUCAAUCAAAAUGAGAGGAACAACCUUCGUGAUCCUUUGCUGCGCCUUGCAGUUCGCAAUCGCUAAUGAGUGGGAGGACUUCUUCGGUGAGUUCGAAAAACUCCCUGGUGCUCACCAGACUAUCUUGAAUGAAACUGACAAGAUAAUCAGAGAUGAGAGUGGAAACUACGAAGAAGUCAAAACAAUUCGAUCGAAGAUAGACAUGGAAAAUAGUCCUUUAAAAGGACUUAAUAAACAUCACGAAGCAGGAAAACAUAAAACUAUAAGAUAUGUCAUAGAUGUCGAUGACGAGGGUCACCAAACAAUUUACGAAGAAGAAUCUAUCGUUACCAAGGUGCCUGCUCCAUACGAAGCUACAGCAACCGCUACCAGUUCUGCAUCAGCUUCUUCUUCUUCAUAUUCUGGUAACCAACCCGGAGGACUCCGACGUGACACAGUUGGCUCAUCUGGAUCAGUUAGUGUAACUUCAAAUUCAGCUUCGGGUACACCAUCUGGAUCAAGAGCUCCAGUAAGACCUAAUAAGUUGGGUUACGGACCUGGAAGUUCAGGAGCAUCAGCCGGAGCAUCAGCAUCAGCCGGAGCAUCAGCUGGACAAUCUGGAGCGGCUGGUCGUAACGGACGCAACGGUGGCUACGGAUCAGGCGCAUCUGCAUCAGCUGGAGCAGGAGCAGCUUCGUCUGUGACAAGAAGAGAAUACGACAUCACAGUUACAACUAACGAUCAGUCAUCAUCCGUUGCAUCUGCAUCAGCUGGAGCAGGAGCAGGAGCAGGAGCAGGAGGUUCAGAACUUUAUGGUGACUACGGAUUUGACAACGCAGGCGCAGGAGCUGCAGCAGGCGCUGGAGCAGCUGGACAAUCUGGCUUGGGCGGUCGUAAUGGACGCUACGGUGGCUAUGGAUCACAAUCUGGUGCUGGAGCCGGAGCUUCAGCAGCAGCAGGUGGUGCUGGGCCCUACGAUCAAUACACACAAAACGGUUUGGAUGACUUCGCUGAUUUGGGUGAUUUGUACGGUGGAUACGGAUCUGGCUCACAGGCAGGAGCAGGUGCAGGAGCAGGUGCAGGAGCAGGUGCAGGAGCUGGAGCAUCAGCAGCAGCAGGCGCUGGCGCCGCUGGACAGUCUGGCUUGGGUGGCCGCAAUGGACGUUACGGUAGAUACGGAGCCGCUGGAUCACAAUCUGGUGCAGGAGCAGCAGCAGGUGCAGGAGCUGGAGCGUCAGCUGCAGCAGGCGCUGGCGCCGCUGGACUAUCAGGCUUGGGUGGCCGCAAUGGACGUUACGCAGGAUACGGAUCAGCUGGAUCACAAUCUGGUGCAGGAGCAGCCUCUUUAGCCGCAGAAGCAGCACUAGAAGCUGAAGCAAACGCAGUCGCUGUUUCUGAAGCAGCAGCUGAGGCAGCAGCUGAAGCAGAAGCUGCAGCAGCAGCAGCAGCAGCAGCAGCUGGUGGUGCAGCUGGAUCACGAGGAGUCGAUGCUCGUGGUAGACGUAUUGGAGGAUAUGGCCCAGGCAGUUCAGGAGCAUCAGCCGGAGCAUCAGCCGGAGCAUCAGCCGGAGCAUCAGCUGGACAAUCUGGAGCGGCUGGUCGUAACGGACGCAACGGUGGCUACGGAUCAGGCGCAUCUGCAUCAGCUGGAGCAGGAGCAGCUUCGUCUGUGACAAGAAGAGAAUACGACAUCACAGUUACAACUAACGAUCAGUCAUCAUCCGUUGCAUCUGCAUCAGCUGGAGCAGGAGCAGGAGCAGGAGCAGGAGGUUCAGAACUUUAUGGUGACUACGGAUUUGACAACGCAGGCGCAGGAGCUGCAGCAGGCGCUGGAGCAGCUGGACAAUCUGGCUUGGGCGGUCGUAAUGGACGCUACGGUGGCUAUGGAUCACAAUCUGGUGCUGGAGCCGGAGCUUCAGCAGCAGCAGGUGGUGUUGGGCCCUACGAUCAAUACACACAAAACGGUUUGGAUGACUUCGCUGAUUUGGGUGAAUUGUACGGUGGAUACGGAUCUGGCUCACAGGCAGGAGCAGGUGCAGGAGCAGGUGCAGGAGCAGGUGCAGGAGCUGGAGCAUCAGCUGCAGCAGGCGCUGGCGCCGCUGGACAAUCUGGCUUGGGUGGCCGCAAUGGACGUUACGGUAGAUACGGAGCCGCUGGAUCACAAUCUGGUGCAGGAGCAGCAGCUUCAGCAGGAGCAGCCUCUUCAGCAGGCGGUCAAAGUGGCAGAGGAAAACGCGUUCAACAACUCGGACCCUAUGGAUCACAAGAAUUUGAUGUGAACAACGCAUAUGGAUCAGACAACCUUGCUUCCGGCAUUGCUGCCGCUGAAGCCGACGCUGAAGCAGCCGUUGCAGCCGCAGAAGCAGCACUAAAUGCUGAAGCAAAUGCAGUGGCUGUUUCUGAAGCAGCAGCUGAGGCAGCAGCUGAGGCAGAAGCUGCAGCAGCAGCAGCAGCAGCAGCUGGUGGUGCAGCUGGAUCACGAGGAGUCGAUGCUCGUGGUAGACGUAUUGGAGGAUAUGGCUCAGGCAGUUCAGGAGCAUCAGCCGGAGCAUCAGCCGGAGCAUCAGCUGGACAAUCUGGAGCGGCUGGUCGUAACGGACGCAACGGUGGCUACGGAUCAGGCGCAUCUGCAUCAGCUGGAGCAGGAGCAGCUUCGUCUGUGACAAGAAGAGAAUACGACAUCACAGUUACAACUAACGAUCAGUCAUCAUCCGUUGCAUCUGCAUCAGCUGGAGCAGGAGCAGGAGCAGGAGCAGGAGGUUCAGAACUUUAUGGUGACUACGGAUUUGACAACGCAGGCGCAGGAGCUGCAGCAGGCGCUGGAGCAGCUGGACAAUCUGGCUUGGGCGGUCGUAAUGGACGCUACGGUGGCUAUGGAUCACAAUCUGGUGCUGGAGCCGGAGCUUCAGCAGCAGCAGGUGGUGCUGGGCCCUACGAUCAAUACACACAAAACGGUUUGGAUGACUUCGCUGAUUUGGGUGAAUUGUACGGUGGAUACGGAUCUGGCUCACAGGCAGGAGCAGGUGCAGGAGCAGGUGCAGGAGCUGGAGCAUCAGCAGCAGCAGGCGCUGGCGCCGCUGGACAAUCUGGCUUGGGUGGCCGCAAUGGACGUUACGGUAGAUACGGAGCCGCUGGAUCACAAUCUGGUGCAGGAGCAGCAGCUUCAGCAGGAGCAGCCUCUUCAGCAGGCGGUCAAAGUGGCAGAGGAAAACGCGUUCAACAACUCGGACCCUAUGGAUCACAAGAAUUUGAUGUGAACAACGCAUAUGGAUCAGACAACCUUGCUUCCGGCAUUGCUGCCGCCGAAGCCGACGCUGAAGCAGCCGUUGCAGCCGCAGAAGCAGCACUAAAUGCUGAAGCAAAUGCAGUGGCUGUUUCUGAAGCAGCAGCUGAGGCAGCAGCUGAGGCAGAAGCUGCAGCAGCAGCAGCAGCAGCAGCUGGUGGUGCAGCUGGAUCACGAGGAGUCGAUGCUCGUGGUAGACGUAUUGGAGGAUAUGGCCCAGGCAGUUCAGGAGCAUCAGCCGGAGCAUCAGCCGGAGCAUCAGCCGGAGCAUCAGCUGGACAAUCUGGAGCGGCUGGUCGUAACGGACGCAACGGUGGCUACGGAUCAGGCGCAUCUGCAUCAGCUGGAGCAGGAGCAGGAGCAGGAGCAGGAGCAGGAGCAGGUGCAGGAGCAGGUGCAGGAGCAGGUGCAGGAGCUGGAGCAUCAGCAGCAGCAGGCGCUGGCGCCGCUGGACAAUCUGGCUUGGGUGGCCGCAAUGGACGUUACGGUAGAUACGGACAAGCUGGAUCACAAUCUGGUGCAGGAGCAGCAGCAGGUGCAGGAGCUGGAGCAUCAGCUGCAGCAGGCGCUGGCGCCGCUGGACAAUCUGGCUUGGGUGGCCGCAAUGGACGUUACGGUAGAUACGGAGCCGCUGGAUCACAAUCUGGUGCAGGAGCAGCAGCUUCAGCAGGAGCAGCCUCUUCAGCAGGCGGUCAAAGUGGCAGAGGAAAACGCGUUCAACAACUCGGACCCUAUGGAUCACAAGAAUUUGAUGUGAACAACGCAUAUGGAUCAGACAACCUUGCUUCCGGCAUUGCUGCCGCCGAAGCCGACGCUGAAGCAGCCGUUGCAGCCGCAGAAGCAGCACUAAAUGCUGAAGCAAAUGCAGUGGCUGUUUCUGAAGCAGCAGCUGAGGCAGCAGCUGAGGCAGAAGCUGCAGCAGCAGCAGCAGCAGCUGGUGGUGCAGCUGGAUCACGAGGAGUCGAUGCUCGUGGUAGACGUAUUGGAGGAUAUGGCCCAGGCAGUUCAGGAGCAUCAGCCGGAGCAUCAGCCGGAGCAUCAGCCGGAGCAUCAGCUGGACAAUCUGGAGCGGCUGGUCGUAACGGACGCAACGGUGGCUACGGAUCAGGCGCAUCUGCAUCAGCUGCAGCAGGAGCAGGAGCAGGAGCAGGAGCAGGAGGUUCAGAACUUUAUGGUGACUACGGAUUUGACAACGCAGGCGCAGGAGCUGCAGCAGGCGCUGGAGCAGCUGGACAAUCUGGCUUGGGCGGUCGUAAUGGACGCUACGGUGGCUAUGGAUCACAAUCUGGUGCUGGAGCCGGAGCUUCAGCAGCAGCAGGUGGUGCUGGGCCUUACGAUGAAUAUGGAGUAGACGGUUUGGACGCUGGUGUUUUGUCUGGUCUGGAGGGAUACAACGGACUUUACAAUAGAGGAUCAACUGGCGCACAGUCAGGAGCUGGAGCUGGAGCAUCAGCUGCAGCAGGCGCUGGCGCCGCUGGACAAUCUGGCUUGGGUGGCCGCAAUGGACGUUACGGUAGAUACGGAGCCGCUGGAUCACAAUCUGGUGCAGGAGCAGCAGCUUCAGCAGGAGCAGCAGCUUCAGCCGCAGAAGCAGCACUAGAAGCCGAAGUAAAUGCAUUGGCUGUUUCUGAAGCAGCAGCUGAGGCAGCAGCUGAGGCAGAAGCUGCAGCAGCAGCAGCAGCAGCAGCUGGUGGUGCAGCUGGAUCACGAGGAGUCGAUGCUCGUGGUAGACGUAUUGGAGGAUAUGGCCCAGGCAGUUCAGGAGCAUCAGCCGGAGCAUCAGCCGGAGCAUCAGCCGGAGCAUCAGCUGGACAAUCUGGAGCGGCUGGUCGUAACGGACGCAACGGUGGCUACGGAUCAGGCGCAUCUGCAUCAGCUGGAGCAGGAGCAGCUUCGUCUGUGACAAGAAGAGAAUACGACAUCACAGUUACAACUAACGAUCAGUCAUCAUCCGUUGCAUCUGCAUCAGCUGGAGCAGGAGCAGGAGCAGGAGCAGGAGCAGGAGGUUCAGAACUUUAUGGUGACUACGGAUUUGACAACGCAGGCGCAGGAGCUGCAGCAGGCGCUGGAGCAGCUGGACAAUCUGGCUUGGGCGGUCGUAAUGGACGCUACGGUGGCUAUGGAUCACAAUCUGGUGCUGGAGCCGGAGCUUCAGCAGCAGCAGGUGGUGCUGGGCCCUACGAUCAAUACACACAAAACGGUUUGGAUGACUUCGCUGAUUUGGGUGAUUUGUACGGUGGAUACGGAUCUGGCUCACAGGCAGGAGCAGGUGCAGGAGCAGGUGCAGGAGCAGCUGCAGGUGCUGGAGCAUCAGCUGCAGCAGGCGCUGGCGCCGCUGGACAAUCUGGCUUGGGUGCUGGAGCAGGAGCAGGAGCAGGAGCAGGAGCAGGAGCAGGUGCAGGAGCAGGUGCAGGUGCAGGUGCAGGAGCUGAAGCAUCAGCAGCAGCAGGCGCUGGCGCCGCUGGACAAUCUGGCUUGGGUGGCCGCAAUGGACGUUACGGUAGAUACGGAGCCGCUGGAUCACAAUCUGGUGCAGGAGCAGCAGCUUCAGCAGGAGCAGCAGCUUCAGCAGGAGCAGCCUCUUCAGCAGGCGGUCAAAGUGGCAGAGGAAAACGCGUUCAACAACUCGGACCCUAUGGAUCACAAGAAUUUGAUGUGUACAACGCAUAUGGAUCAGACAACCUUGCUUCCGGCAUAGCUGCCGCCGAAGCUGACGCUGAAGCAGCCGUUGCAGCCGCAGAAGCAGCACUAAAUGCUGAAGCAAACGCAGUGGCUGUUUCUGAAGCAGCAGCUGAGGCAGCAGCUGAGGCAGAAGCUGCAGCAGCAGCAGCAGCAGCUGGUGGUGCAGCUGGAUCACGAGGAGUCGAUGCUCGUGGUAGACGUAUUGGAGGAUAUGGCCCAGGCAGUUCAGGAGCAUCAGCCGGAGCAUCAGCCGGAGCAUCAGCCGGAGCAUCAGCUGGACAAUUUGGAGCGGCUGGUCGUAACGGACGCAACGGUGGCUACGGAUCAGGCGCAUCUGCAUCAGCUGGAGCAGGAGCAGCUUCGUCUGUGACAAGAAGAGAAUACGACAUCACAGUUACAACUAACGAUCAGUCAUCAUCCGUUGCAUCUGCAUCAGCUGGAGCAGGAGCAGGAGCAGGAGCAGGAGGUUCAGAACUUUAUGGUGACUACGGAUUUGACAACGCAGGCGCAGGAGCUGCAGCAGGCGCUGGAGCAGCUGGACAAUCUGGCUUGGGCGGUCGUAAUGGACGCUACGGUGGCUAUGGAUCACAAUCUGGUGCUGGAGCCGGAGCUUCAGCAGCAGCAGGUGGUGCUGGGCCCUACGAUCAAUACACACAAAACGGUUUGGACGCCUCGGCUCCAGGUCUAGCAAACUCUGACUUCGCUGAUUUGGGUGAUUUGUACGGUGGAUACGGAUCUGGCUCACAGGCAGGAGCAGGUGCAGGAGCAGGUGCAGGAGCAGGUGCAGGAGCUGGAGCAUCAGCUGCAGCAGGCGCUGGCGCCGCUGGACAAUCUGGCUUGGGUGGCCGCAAUGGACGUUACGGUAGAUACGGAGCCGCUGGAUCACAAUCUGGUGCAGGAGCAGCAGCUUCAGCAGGAGCAGCAGCUUCAGCCGCAGAAGCAGCACUAGAAGCUGAAGCAAAUGCAUUGGCUGUUUCUGAAGCAGCAGCUGAGGCAGAAGCUGCAGCAGCAGCAGCAGCAGCUGGUGGUGCAGCUGGAUCACGAGGAGUCGAUGCUCGUGGUAGACGUAUUGGAGGAUAUGGCCCAGGCAGUUCAGGAGCAUCAGCCGGAGCAUCAGCCGGAGCAUCAGCCGGAGCAUCAGCUGGACAAUCUGGAGCGGCUGGUCGUAACGGACGCAACGGUGGCUACGGAUCAGGCGCAUCUGCAUCAGCUGGAGCAGGAGCAGCUUCGUCUGUGACAAGAAGAGAAUACGACAUCACAGUUACAACUAACGAUCAGUCAUCAUCCGUUGCAUCUGCAUCAGCUGGAGCAGGAGCAGGAGCAGGAGCAGGAGGUUCAGAACUUUAUGGUGACUACGGAUUUGACAACGCAGGCGCAGGAGCUGCAGCAGGCGCUGGAGCAGCUGGACAAUCUGGCUUGGGCGGUCGUAAUGGACGCUACGGUGGCUAUGGAUCACAAUCUGGUGCUGGAGCCGGAGCUUCAGCAGCAGCAGGUGGUGCUGGGCCCUACGAUCAAUACACACAAAACGGUUUGGAUGACUUCGCUGAUUUGGGUGAAUUGUACGGUGGAUACGGAUCUGGCUCACAGGCAGGAGCAGGUGCAGGAGCAGGUGCAGGUGCAGGUGCAGGAGCUGAAGCAGCAGCAGGCGCUGGCGCCGCUGGACAAUCUGGCUUGGGUGGCCGCAAUGGACGUUACGGUAGAUACGGAGCCGCUGGAUCACAAUCUGGUGCAGGAGCAGCAGCUUCAGCAGGAGCAGCCUCUUCAGCAGGCGGUCAAAGUGGCAGAGGAAAACGCGUUCAACAACUCGGACCCUAUGGAUCACAAGAACUUGAUGUGUACAACGCAUAUGGAUCAGACAACCUUUCUUCCGGCAUUGCUGCCGCCGAAGCUGACGCUGAAGCAGCCGUUGCAGCCGCAGAAGCAGCACUAAAUGCUGAAGCAAAUGCAGUGGCUGUUUCUGAAGCAGCAGCUGAGGCAGCAGCUGAGGCAGAAGCAGCAGCAGCAGCAGCAGCAGCUGGUGGUGCAGCUGGAUCACGAGGAGUCGAUGCUCGUGGUAGACGUAUUGGAGGAUAUGGCUCAGGCAGUUCAGGAGCAUCAGCCGCAGCAUCAGCCUCUGCUGGAGCUUCAUCCACAGGCAACGGCUAUAUUGGCGAUGUUACUGUGAUUGAAAAUGUCUCUUAUGGAACUUCUUCGGCAGCUGGUAUCUCAGGUCCAUACGCACCGUACGGAGGACCUGUUGCUGACGUUAGUUCAGCAGCAGCAGCCGGAGCUGGUGCUUCUGCAGGUACUGGGUCGGGAGCUUUCGGCCCAAGAGGUCGCAAGGACUGCCGUAUCACUCGCAGAAACCUAUUUGUUAAGUUCGGCACCCGCCGGUCACCCUGCACUACUUGCUAGUUUCUUAUAAUAUCUUUUGUCUCUUUUUUCUGGAUACAUCUUUUGUUUUUUACUUAAUUAAAUUCUGGCAUUUUA